AUGCGAAUUUGGUCGAUAUUGUAUCUGGCCGGCCUUGCGGCGGCAGCAAUAGAUGCACCAGGGACAUGUUCAAGCACGGUUUACAUCACGAAAACAACAGAUGGAAGCUCCCCUACUUCUGCACCUGCGGUUACCGUCGCGCCAGACGGCAGCGGCCAAUUCACGGACAUCGGCGAUGCGGUCUCCUACGCUCAAGGAAAGGGUAUUCCGACAGUGACAGUUCUCAGCGGCACAUAUCCAGCUGUCACAAUCGAAUCCACCCCAUCGGUGACUAUCGUCGGAGAAACCAACAUCAAAUACGACUAUACCAAAAAUAAGGUGUUUGUCUCCAGUGACAUAACCGCCCUCACCAUCUCCGCCAAUCUCGAGGGACUCACAGUGACAAAUAUCAAUUUUGUGAAUACUGGACCAUCUGGAAGCGCUGCAGUUCUAAGCGGAACAAACCUCGGGUUUUAUCAAUGCCAAUUCAUAUCACAUGGUGGAUCGGGAAUCAAUGCGAAUCAAGCCUUGGCCGUAAUUGCAAACAGUUAUAUCGAGGCACCGACAGAUUUGAUUGAAGGAUCCCCCAACAUCUACAUUUUCGACACAGUCAUCGUACCUACCGGAAGCUUCGCAGUAAUUGUCUACACCGAGGGUCCUCCGUCCGGCGGUAAAUCCACGGUGGUAAUCGAUCGAUCCAGAGUCAUCCAAAAGUCUGGGGUGGAUAACAACAAUGUCGACUUGGCUGCAGCCGCUGGGCCUGGGGCUAUAGUGGUGUACCGGGACUCUGCUUUGGGAGGCUUGAUUGCGCCAAGCGGCGUCAAAAUCGACAGUGAUACACAGAACGAUGCAAACCUCUACGGUGAAUACGACAACACGGGCGCCGGGGCUUACCGCAACAACGAGGACGCUAGGUCGGGGUUAGUUUCUGAACUCGCAUCUUCAGACCUAUCUUCAGUGACCAUAAGCGCAGUCGUGGCUGAUGGAAAUUCGGACACCACCUGGGUUGAUCCGGCUGUUCUAGCCGCGAUUGAGAGUGCAGACGUUAGUUCUGGAAGCGACUCAGCACCCAGCGAUGGGAAUGGAGCCUCUGGAACAAGUAAUUCAAGUGGAAAUGACGGGAGUGGAUCGCCGGGUGACACGUCUUCGGACAGUGCCUCUGCAGAAGGGAAUGGCUCGUCUGGAGGGGGUGGCUUGUCGGGCGAUACGUCUUCAGGCAGUACUUCUUCAGGAGGGAAUGGCUUAUCUGGCGAUACAUCUUCGGGGAGUAGCUCUUCAUUAGGCAAUAGCUCGCCUGAUGAUGGGUCGUCGGGAGAUGGCUCAGCUGGUGACCCAACGGACAGCGGCACUUCGUCGGAAAGUAGCUCCUCAGGUGAUACGUCGUCAGGGAGCGGCCUUUCAGGUGUUAGCUCCUCGAGCGCCUCGCUUGGGGCCCCGACGCCUAGUACGAGCAACCUAUCGUCUGGGGCUCCAGGGGCUGAUGUGGGCAGCACUUCCUCGGGACAGAUUGUAUCGUCCACCCCGCCGAGCACGCCUUCGAGUGGCACUCCAGGCUCCGGUGGCAGCAGCACAUCGCCUGGGGCUUCGGGAGCAGAUACAGGUAGCGAUUCCGCUGGGCAGACGACAUCGUCCAACCAGAGCAGCUCGUCGACUGGGGCUUCGGGGGCUGAAGGCACUCCCUCGAGCACCUCACCAGGACAGCCUACCUCGUCCAGCCCGCCUAGCACGUCUUCGAGUGGCACUUCGGGUGAUGGCCCCACUAGGACCUCUGCAGGACAAACUGCGUCGUCUAUCCCGAGUAGCAUAGCUCCGAGCGACACUUCGGGGAGCGGUGGAAGCACCACAUCGUCUACGCCUUCUGGGGCUGACGGCAGCACUUCCUCGAGCACCUCCUUAGGUUCUACUCCAAUUAGCACUGCUGUAGGACAGACUACAUCGUCUAUCCCGAGCAGCGUAUCUCCGAGCGAGACCUCAAGUCCUGGUGGAAGCAACACGUCGUCUGGGGCUUCGGAGGCUAGUGGGGACAGCGCUUCUUCGAGCGCCUCUCCAGGACAAACUGCACCGUAUAGCCCACCUCACACGUCUUCGACCGACACUCCGGGUCCGGAUGGCAGUAGCCUGUCCCCUGGGGCUUCGGAGGCUGGUGCAGGCAGCACUCCCUCGAGUACUUCUGCUGGGCAGACUGCAUCGUCAAACCCCAGCAGCGCGUCCGCAACCGACGCUUUAGGCACAGGAGGGAGUAGUAUCUCGCCUGGGGCGUCAGCGUCUAUUCCGAGCAACAUAUUUCCGAGCGAUAAUUUGGGGAUCAGCGGAAGCAGUACUUUGUCUGGCGCUUCAGGGGCUAAUUCAGGCAGCAGCUCCUCGAGCGCCUCUUCAGGUGCUGCGCCCACUAGCCUUUCUGCUGGACAGACUGUAUCUUCUAGUCCGCCUAGCACAUCUUCGAGUGGUUCUCCAGGGCCGGAUGGGAGUAGCCCGUCGUCAGGGGCUUCGGAGGCAGGAUCAAGCAGCAAUCCUGCUGGACAGACGACAUCAUCCAACCUGAGCAGCACUUCUGCAGGACAAACUGGGUCAUCCAGUCCGAGCAACCCAUCUUCGAGUGAUAUGGCGGGAAGCGGCGGGACUAGCACGGCUUCUGGGGCUAAGUCAUCUGGCAGUUCCUCAUCCUCGGUAAAUACCACAACGCUGGGAGGAAUCAGCACCUCCUCUGGGUCGUUGGGUAACGCAGGAGUCGGUAAUGGUGGAAGCGGAGAUGAGUUGGGAGAUGUCACUCCUCGCCCCAACACAAUAGCCCCAACAACAAUUCUAACCACUUUAUACACAACCAUUGCUGGAUCUUCCGGGACUCCAACAAAGAUCGUCAUCAUUGUCAUCGAAAUCAAUGGCUUGCGUGUGACGGAAAGGACCAUGUUGACCAUUACAUCAGCCACUUUCCCAGAAGCUGAGCAGAACACAACUUUCGUCACCGUUGCCCAUUCCAAUACUACUUCGAUUCAACAAAGAACCUCGCAGGAAAAGAGAAGAAGACUAUAUGUGUGGUGA